AUGACUUUGACACUUUUCAACUAUGAAAUCAAAUAUCAACAGGGUGUCACUGCUGGUUUCAACUUUUUUUUCCUGCAAGGAUUUGUUGCAGCUUCCGAGCACCUUUACCAGAGCUGGGGUUUAGAUAAAAGAAAUGAAACCACAAGGCUCCAGGAUACAAUUAGAGCAGAUUAUGAAUAUCAUGUAACGAGCAAGUUACAGGAUACAGUUUUUUCACUCUAUAGGCUGGAAUUUGGGAUCAUUACAUCACUCACUGGUUUUCUUCACCACUUACUCACUAUGGAUAAGAAGUUCAUUCUCUUCCCUUGGGCUAUCACACCAUUCAUCUAGGAAUUUACCAUAAACUUCUUAUUUAUCAGAUGCACCGAUUAUCACCAUUAAAGCAGGUAAUCCCUGAGCUUCUUAAAGCUUCCUAAUAGAUAACUCGUCCUAAAAGUUGAACUUCACUCUGGAUAUAUAGGAUCUAAUGCUUUCCAUCGGCCUAGAAUACUAUAGUGGACUCUUAAGAACACAGCUGCAGAAUUCUCCCAGUACUAUCACAUCAAUGAAGGCGGAGCCACCAUCUUAGUCACCACAGAAUGUUCAGCACCUGUGUCGAUCAUGAAAGAACUUCUCUUUCCCCUAUUGCUACAUCGACCAUAGGCUCCGCUCGACCAAGUGGGAUGGAGCCCAGUCGGUAUCAAUAGUCUUCCAUGAUAGUGUCAGCCAGACCCACAAAAUCUCUAUCCUCUCUUUCUCUAGGUCUCUGCGUGGGUGGAUAGUAUCUGUCUCCUUGAACACUUCCUCUACUAUUCCCACCAUUCCCUCUAAAACUUCCUCUUACUCUAUAACUACCACUAUAACCUCCUCGUACCCUUCUCUCUCCUUGUCUAUCACCUUCAUACUGCUCUCUCUGUGGACACUCACUCUUCCAAUGUCCCUCCUUUCUACAAUACGCACAUUAAUUCCUACUUAAAGUCCCUUGUCAGCCUAUUCUCGUCUCCUCUAUUUUAGAUAGCUACCGCUAGCAUAUCUGCCUUUUUCCUUUUUACGUUCUUCCUCCGUCUCCCUAUUCAUAUAUACUGUAUUUGCAAUCUCCAUUAGCUGUAUUAUGGACAUCCCUACAAAUCCCUCUAAAAUUUCCUUUUACUAUCACCUUGGGCCUGGCUGACAAAUGCUGAGUCUAUCAUUCGGAAGUUUUCAGGAGCCUCUGAUAUCCUAGGCUUGAUUUUAAUAAUCUAAAUAUAGUUCUAAGGUAAAUUAAACAAUUCAGGUUGUAAGUUUAAAGUAAAAGGGGUACAUUGUUGGACAAAGCUUAGGAGGGGCCCAUCCAGUAACUAAACCACCAAUAUACCAUCUGAUACCAUUGAUUAAGGCCUUAGACCAAUACAAGACAAACUACUAGUUACAGCCACAUGUACACUCUGCACUAAAUUUAAGUGAAGACUGCUACAUGGAGGCCAUGAUCACAAGAGCCUUGCCAGAAGAAACAAUUCCACAGUACAUCUGCACAAAAAGCUGUGAAGACUACUACAUUAGGCCACACCAAGGACUUAUCACCUUUACACAUUUGUUACAUACAAGAUACUUAUAAUACAGAAUCACGAAGAUUAAUUUCAACAGAGCAUCUGAUUCACAAAGUAGCUGGUAACAAACUAUACACACAUGUUAUCAACAGUCACACCAAUCUCCUUAUCACCAGCAACACAUUAGCACAGUCCCACUAGGCCCACAACACACACACAGGAUCCUCACAUGCUCAACAAUAAUCCACGACGUCGCACACACGAAAUUAAAUAAAAAACAAAAAACCACCAAAGACUAUACACUUAAUCAAUGUAACUCCUAGGGCACAUACAAUCUAUCCACCGCUUAUUAAUCCAUAGACGACAAGGAGGUCCACGCAGUAGAAGUCCAGGUUGUAAACAUAGAACUAGUUAAACUGGUAAAAGUUUGAACCGUCUCAAAAAAUCUCUUGCGUAACCAUGCUUCGCGUGCGAUGAGGUUCCCGGGCCAAUGGCAGAACCCUCAGGGCACCAUAUAUUACCAGAAGGAAACGAGUAAUGUAUUGUCCUGGCAUGUUUUACCUGUGGUCUCUAGUGAGUCUUAGCAAGUUUAUAGCAGUUAAUGUUUAUAUGCAUCCAUUUGUUCUCCAUUUCAGAUAUCCACUCACAGGAAGAUAUCCCCGAGAGCUGAGUAAGGUCGAGAGCUGAAAGGUCCCGGCAAAUAUGGGGUGAAAUCUUUUCUUGAAUUAUCCACUGAUGAACAGUUGUCUCAGGAGGUCCGUUGUGGCCCUGGCUGUAUGGGCAGUAUCCCCAUCUUGUUGAACCAAAUUUAAGAAAAUGUUUCCAUUACAUUUAUAUCUCAUUGCAAUAAAAUACACUAUUUUUACUUGCUGUUUAUUUUUUAAAUUAUCCAUAAUGAAUCUCCCAAAACGCAGUUAUAGUACGUACCUGCAACAAUAUGUAUACUGUGAAUAAAAAAUAUGUAUACUGUGUUACCCCUAGAUGGCAGUGUUUCAUACAGGAAUUCUAAUACAAGCCUAGCAAUCUGGAAGAAGGAAAGAAACAAUAUUAGAUUAACAACUACAGGUAGUCCUCGUUUUACAACCUACCUGCUUUACGACGGCUCGCACUAACGACCAGCUCUCUUUUGAGGGGUGGUAAGGGCGAGGCAUCGUGGGAAUUUGAGGGAUUCCCUGCCCUGCUGCGUUCUUCUAUGUUCGGGGAAAUUUCCCCAAGCAUAGAUUAUUAUUAUUAUUAUUAUUAUUAUUAAGUUAUUAUUUAUAUAGCGCCAUUUCCGCAGCGCUUUACAAUGGGUGGAUGAACAGACAUGUAGUUGUAACCAGACAAGUUGGACACACAGGAACAGAGGGGUUGAGGGCCCUGCUCAAUGAGCUUACAUUCUAGAGGGAGUGGGGUAUAGUGACAUAAAAGGUAAGGAUAGUAUAAGACUAGUGACAGUUGCAGAAGAGGAAUCAGUUGGGAGCUAUUAAGAGUUUAAUUGAUACGUUUUUAUGAAGAAGUGGGUUUUUAAAGAUUUUUUGAAGGAGUGGAGACUGGGUGAGCAUCUAACGGAGGAGGGAAGCGAGUUCCACAGGUGCAGCCCUCGAGAAGUCAUCAGAGGUGAGAGUACGGACAGAAGAUAGACGUAAGUCUUCAGCAGAUCGUAAGGGCCUAGACGGGACAUACUUGUGUAUAAGGGAGGAUAGAUAGGUGGGAGCAGCAUUAUGUAGAGAUUUGAAAGCAAGACCCAGAAUUUUAAAUUGAGUCCUAUAUCAUACUGGAAGCCAAUGUAGGGACUGACAGAAGGGUGAGGCGUGGGAGGUGCGGGCGGACAGGAAGAUGAACAGAAAACAAAAGGAAAUCAGCGCUAAUUAACAAACAAUAUGUAGAUAGGCAGCAACCCAAACGAAGGAGACCACUCAAAUCCUUCAAUAGAUGAGACAAUACAAAGAGAUGGGGUAGGGCUGCGCCAGCGGAAAAGUAAAAUAACGUAAAAUAGUCCAAAAGAGUCUCACUAGAGCAACAAUGCUUGAUGGGAUAUAGAUGAGUAGUUGUUUCAGGAGGAGUGGGUGCGUCCUAGUGUCUCAGGGUAUUCGCAUAUGUGAAAGACAGAGAUACAGGAACAACCAGUAGUGUGAUACCUUUAAAAUCCAAAGGGUAAAAUAGUAGUAGAAGGCAGAAAACUCACAUUUAAAAGUGCUAUUCCCCAAGUAUAAGGGAAGGAGUGCUAGAUGAGAGGAAGUAGAUUAGAGGGAUUCCCUGCUCUUGUGCGUUUGUCUAUGUUCAGGGAAAUGUCCCUGAACACAGACAUGUGCACCAGAGCGGGGAAUCUCUUAAUCUAUGUUCGGGGAAAUUUCGCCAAGCAUAGAUUAGAGGGAUUCCCUGCUCUGUUGCGUUUGUCUAUGUUCAGGGACAUUUCCCCGAACAUAGAGGAACGCAGCAGAGCAGGGAAUCCCUUAACUCCUCACUUACCGACCAAUUCAUUCUACAACCGGGUCGAAGGAACGGAAUCGGUCGGUAAAUGAGGAGUGUCUGUAAAUGAAAUAAUGUCACAAUGUUGAUUAUAAUGGAAAACAACACGACGUCAAGCACAGUGGAUGAAAUAAACAAAGAACCCUGCACACUGAUAUUGUGUAAAUGCUCCGGCCAUCCACAGUGGAGGUGCUCCGUGUCAGGCGGACAUCGCUGGAUCCACCAGUAAAGUCUUCAAAAGAAAUAAACGCAGGCAACACUCCAAGUUGGAGUGUUGCCUGCGUUUAUUCCUUUUGAAGCACAGUGGAUGGUCACGAUCAUGAUGUAACAUUGUGUUCCAGAUUUCUGUACACACAGAAAGCAUAUGUGUUCUAAAACCUCAUUGAAGAAUCCUCAAAAGGGCAUGCUACAACAAGGGAAGUAAAUGGUUGGACAUAAAGACAUGCCACAACACGGGAAAUAACUGGGCUCACAGACAUGCUACAGCAUGGGAAAUAAACAGUUGGCAUUCAGACCUGUUUAAAGUGAAAUUGUCACUUCCAAGGAUGUUUGUUUCUAUAUAUAUUUAAAAAAUGUGUUUGUGAAGUGUAAAAAAAAUAUUCAUGCUUCCAUAUCUGAUCCUUGUCAUUCAUUGCUGUAAAAUCUCUCCUUUAUUCUAUGGGCUAAAUUCCAGAGAAGUAACAGUUCCUCUUUAAGCUGACGCAGCCCACUCAGGGCCGUCUUUAACGCGGGGCAAACGGGGCAGCUGCCCCGGGCCCAGUUACUCCUGGGGGGCCCAAAGCAGCUGCCCCGUGGCCCCACCGCCCAUCAGGUGCUUGUAUUCCGGCUGCCCAUACUCUAUGGGGGCCCAUCGGGUGGCCAAUACACUUAGGGCCACCCGGUGAGCACGUUACAGCAGGGGGCCCAGUCGGGUGCUGUGGCCCUUUAACAGCACGACCGGGCCCUCUGAUUUACGGCAGCAUGGGAGGAAGUGACGUCGGUGAGUCACUUCCUCCCUCUGAGAUCAUGAGCCGCGCAGGAGGAAGGCUGAGCCAGGAGGCAGCGAGGAGGGGGACUGAGCAAAGUGAGCCAGUCCCCAACUCCCAACCACCCCAACCAGCACACUGGACCCCAGGGAAGGUAGGAAACUAGAGGGGGCUUUACAGUUUGCAUAUUAUGUCAGUAUGUGUGUGUUUAUGUCUGUCAGUAGGUCUGUGUGUGUGAGUAUGACUGUGUGUGUGUCUGUCAGUAGGUCUGUGUCUGUGUGUGUGAGUAUGACUGUGUGUGUGUCUGUCAGUAGGUCUGUGUCUGUGUGUGUGAGUAUGACUGUGUGUGUGUCUGUCAGUAGGUCUGUAGUGAGCACCGGUCAUUCAUUGGAUGUAGUGUUGGUGUUUGUUAGUAUGAGGUAAUAGUGAGCACCGGUCAUUCAUUGAAUGUAGUGUUGGUGUUUGCGUUACCAUUUUUUUUUUCUUUGCCCAAUGUACAAUUUUGACCACCAGCUCAUAAUGAUGGAUUUUGGCAAUAUUUUGCCCAGGAGAGAUGGUAAACCGUAAAAGGUACAGGGGAGGUUUAUGUGCAGAAAGGAGCAGAGUGUAUAAGGAACAAUAUGGAGAUAUAUGUACAGAAAUAAUGCUUGUAAUAGACACUAAAAGUAACAAGCAAAAAUAAAUAAAAGAAAAAUGCAGAUAUAUAAAGAAACAUGCAUUUAGUGCAGAAAGCAAUGAAGAAUGUAUUCACUAAUAGUGAACUGUAGUGAACUCUAAACAGAAUUGCAAGUUUUGGGCAAAAGUAGCAGAACUGGGGGGAAAAAACAACAAAAUAGCAAUUUUUAUAAUGUCCUAUUUAGUAAAAGAAAAAUCAAAAAAAAAAAUUCUGAAAAAAAUGUUAGUAGGUAAUAUGAGUAUUAAAAAAAAAAAAAUGUUUUGGGACAAUCUUUACUUUAGUUUUUAGCAGGAAAAGAGAAAUAAAAUGGGCCAUGAGAGCCAUUUGUACAUUGAUACAUGGUAUGGUAUGGCUUUACAGUUUGCAUAUUAUGUCAGUAUGUGUGUGUUUAUGUCUGUCAGUAGGUCUGUGUGUGUGAGUAUGACUGUGUGUGUGUCUGUCAGUAGGUCUGUGUGUGUGUCUGUCAGUAGGUCUGUGUGUGUGAGUAUGACUGUGUGUGUGUGUCUGUCAGUAGGUCUGUGUGUGUGUCUGUCAGUAGGUCUGUGUGUGUGAGUAUGACUGUGUGUGUGUCUGUCAGUAGGUCUGUGUGUGUGUGUGUGUGUCUGUCACUAUGUCUGUGUGUGUGUGUCUGUCAGUAGGUCUGUUAGUAUGUCUGUGUGUGUGUGCCUGUCAGUAGGUCUGUGUGUGUGUGUGUGUGUGUGUCUGUCAGUAGGUCCAUGUGUGUCAGUAUGUCUGUGUGUCAGUGUGUUUGGGUGUCAGUAUGUCUGUGUGUGUGUGCGCCUGUCAGUAGGUCUGUGUGUGUGUCUGUCAGUAGGUCCAUGUGUGUCAGUGUGUCAGUGUGUUUGGGUGUCAGUAUGCCUGUGUGUGUCAGUAUGUCUGUGUGUGUGUGCCUGUCAGUAGUGUGUGUGUGUGUGUGUCUGUCAGUAGGUCCAUGUGUGUCAGUAUGUCUGUGUGUCAGUGUGUUUGGGUGUCAGUAUGCCUGUGUGUGUCAGUAUGUCUGUGUGUGUGUGUGUGUGUGUGUGUGCCACUAUGUCUGUCUGGGUGUGUGGUAGUAUGUGUUUGUGUGUGCCAGUAUGUCUGUCAGUGUAUGUGUCGGUGUCCAUAUGUCAGUAUGUAUGUGUCAGUAUGUCUGUCAGUUUAUGUGUCUGUGUAAGUAUGUCUGUCAGUUUGUAUACAUAUAAUCUGUGUGUGUAUAUGUGCAUACAUCUCAGCAUUCACACACUAACACUACAUACAAAUACACCCCUGCAUUCAAACUCCAACACUAGGUACAAACACAUGUCUGUGUUACACACCAAAAUUAUAUGUAAACACACCCUUGCAUUCAAAAACCAACACUACACAUAAAUACAUGCUUGCAAGUACACCAACACCACAUACAAACUUAUUUUACAAAAAAAACCUGUUUACAUUCAAACACACAAAAACAGCGUUGUGCUAAAUACAAACCUUCAAACAUGGGUAAAUGGUAGAGCCACAGCUGUCAAUGCAUUGCUGAAGUUGCACGACAGAUGGGGAACUACCUUCUAAUCACCCGUGCGAUAGGGAGGCACAAAAAUUCUUGCACCUCUCUACUUUAGGUCUGCCUCUGCGUUGGGGUGGAGGACAUGAUUGCACACCUGGCGAGGGUACCAGGGGGCCCAAGCAAAUGCUUUGCCCAGGGUCCAAUCAAUAUUAAAGACGGCCCUGAGCCCACUGGUAAUGCCCUGUGCGUGCACUUGAUCCCAGAUUUAGUAUUGGAUUCAGGAGACACCCAACAUGAUCAGGUCAUAAGAUGGGGUGCAGAUUUUAGGUGACGAAAUGUGGACUCCAAAAAAUUUUCGACGGAAAAGCUAUGAUGAAUCAUAGACAUUACAGAAAAAUUAAUUGAAAUGUUAAUUUCACUCAGGUUUCACUAUUAUAAAAAGAGGUGAUUUGAAUUUUUUAAUUAAGUGCUGCCAUCUGUCUUAGAAAUAUGAACCUUCUGUGACCCAUAACCUGAACAAAGUUGGACAGUAAUAAUGUGAAUCAUGAUAUUCCAUGCAGUAUUGAUUGCUCCAUUCAUCCAGUUUUUGUUUUUACAGGAGAUACAGAAGGCCGGUGAAGGUGUUGGUGCCCAGAAGGCAUCACAUGCUCUCCUUACGUGGCUACUGAGUCGUGAUGUACGAACUAUCCAGGGCUUCUGGUCUCUCUUGUCUUCUGAGUAUAUAUUACGCAGCUACCCCCGUCUCUCUGGCAUACACAGUUCUCUUCAAAGUGGUAAUCAAAGAGAAUUUAUCGUAAAAGGGAUUCCAUAGCCCUAAACUUUUAAUCUAUUCCACACUAUUUUACUAUUGUCUUAUGUGUUUUGUCCUAUUCAUUUGACCUUUUUUUAGUGACAGAUUCCUUGGCUCAUCGAAAAGCCCGGAGAUUCCCUCUGUCAUGCAAAUCUGCACCGCAGCAGAAAUCACAGGCAAAGAGGAAAUCUGGAGGGGAUAAAGAUACCGUAUCUGCCACGCAUACAUCCAGUGCUGGUAUGAUCAUUUUUGGGGGUGGGAAUGGCUAUCAUUCGGCUCUUUAGCAACCAUGACCUACUUUUAAAAGUAUACUUAAAGCCACACGUAGAUUUCACAAUUGAAGAUGAAAGCUUAUCCUAGUGUUCUAAUUUAUUUUCUAAAAACAUAUACUUUAUUAUUGGUCUUAUUUCCGCUUGUAGGCUGCUACGUGAAUCUACACAUCUUACUGUAAAAAUAUAUUUUCUGAUGUUCCUCACUCCAAUUUCAUAUUAUAUUAUUAUUUUCUAUCUACCUUCUUUCUCUUUUACAUUACUAUAUACCAUGAGAAUUCUUCACGUUUCUAUUAGACUUGGGUAUUUGUUAUCAUUCGAUUUUCAUGCAAUUCAUUUACUUAACUGUCAGAACGCUCUGAUCUUGUUUCCUGCUAUAGAAUGCGUCACCUUCAGAAAAUCAGGUACUUUUCAUAGGGAACACUGUAAGUGUCAUUGUAAAAGUUUGAUUUAUUUUUAGCUUCAUUAUUCAUUUCCAUUGUUGGUUCUGAAAAUACUUUCUCUAUAUUUUUUCUGAAUUUUUCCGUGAAUUAUUUUCUUGUGUGUUAUGUGAAAUCUAAGCCUAGGUAGUUGCUUGUCUACACUCUAUGGGGGAUUUAGAAAACUGAGAUACUGUAAGUGACAAAGGCAGUGUGAUACCAGCACUAACAGUGCCCAUUGAUAGGUAUUAUUUAAAUAGUGGAGUAAUAAUUAGUGUGUCAGUAGAAAGUGCCAAAAAUAUUGAAAGGGGCUAUUAGGGGCUAGACCUUUAAUCAAAUGAGAACACACUAACCAGGAGUGGUGCAAUAACCUCCAGUCCCACAAAACUGCUUAGUGAUCUAAACAAAGAAAAUAAUACAAUACUCUUACUUUCAUAGAAACAUAGAAUCUGACGGCAGAUAAGAACCAUUCGGCCCAUCUAGUCUGCCCAAUUUUCUAAAUACUUUCAUUAGUCCCUGACCUUAUCUUAUAGUUAGGGUAGCCUUAUGCCUAUCCCACACAUGCUUAAACUCCUUUACUGUGUUAACCUCUACCACUUUAGCUGGAAGGCUAUUCCAUGCAUCCACUACCCUCUCAGCAAAGUAAUACUUCCUGAUAUUAUUUUUAAACCUUUGUCCCUUUCAGUGCUUAAAGAUUUUAUUUAUAGAAGCCAUCCCUCACAAUGACAACUUUUUAGCUGCACACCGGGUUAUGUCAUGAUUUGACAAAGGCCCGUUUUGGAGCCGAAACAUUGCCAUUGUGAAGGAUGGCUCCAAUAAAACAUUUGUAAGCACUGAAUAGAAGAGUGCUCUGUCAUGUCCUUUGUUUUGCGUGAUAACUAAUAUUUACAAGGGAAGUAUUUUGCUAAUAAAACUUCCUUUUACUAACCAGCGAACUGGAAUCAUUUUAAAUGUUUUUUAUUGUUUUGAAUAAUAAUAAUAAAAAUAAAAAUCGUACAUUUUUGUCAACGUUUUUAACAGUCAAUAAUAUUUAAACAUUAUGGUAUAUGAACAGUGACAUAAUAGCAAGGAUCUUCUGUUAUAGUUACAUUAUUAAUACUAUAAGUAACAACACAAAGAUCAUAAAUGAAGAAAAACAUAAUAAAUUAAAACUGGGGAAAAAUGAAUAAAUUGCGCAUCCAUAGUAUGAUACGAAUAAUUAAAAAAGAAAAAGGAAGAAAAAAAAGUAAAAUUAAUAUGUCAUAUAGAUUUAUAAAAAUAUUGUAUAUUAAAUGACAAAUACAGUAAAUAACGAGUCAAACAUAAGUGAUAAAACAGUUUUCAUGUCGGGUGGAAGCUUGUUCUUACUCCUCAUCGCCUUCUCCUACUUAGACCAGUCAUGUCUGAGGAAUAUAUUAGUUGUCGAUGGUACUCGGAGAGCAAGUUUUCAUCUUUUAUUUUCAAAUAAAAACAGUAGGACAUCUUUGACAGAGGAAAUUGUAACAGAUUUCCAGUAUCUAGGAAUAAUUGAUGUAGCUGAGAUAAGGAGGUGGCCUAUUAUUCUUUUGUGUUUUGGUAAAUCUUCAGGGAGAUGUUUAAGUAAGCAUAAUCACGGAUUUAAAUCAACAGAGAACUCAGUGAUAGAUAUGAUCAUUUGCCAAUAGAUGGAUAGUUUGGGGCAUGACCAAAUAUUAUGGUAUAAAGUACUAUCUGAGUGAGCUGGAAUCUGAAUUGGGAAAUUUAGGAUGACACAGAUGAGUGAGAAAAGAGAUUUGGAGAUUUUUAUACCUAUUACUAUAUUUGCAGGAACAACAUCUUUUCAGCCACUUUGCUGUAUUACAGGACUGUUAUAAUUCUGUACUGCUUCCCGUGUCCCCUGUACAUUGGUAUGUGUCUGUGUACGUCUGCAGCAGUAGGCACUGGUACAACGCAUUUGCGGAUCAUACUAGUAGUCUUAGUGUGAUAAUGAAGGAACACAUUCAUGUGAUGAUCCAGAAAUUUAUAGACUGAACAUAAACAGGUUAGCUGUUCAGAGUUAUUAUCCCCAACCUGACAUGGCAGUGACUUUAAGGCAUCACGAGCCAUAGGUAAGACCAAAGAAUGUAAUAAAUGAAGAUAGACAUUCUGAAGUAAGUCAGGGUGAGCAGGGGUGAAAUAGAAUUGAAGUUCAAAAAAGGUAGCACACAGCUUCAAAGUUGAGUCAGUACAUUUAUUAAUAAGAGCCUGCAAUGCUGUAAUUUGUCAGACCUGUAUAAAGGUUUCAGGGAUUUAAUAUUUUUAAUAUUUUUCAAACCAAUGACUAUUGAGAUAACAAAGUAUUUGCCCAUGUGUAGUGCUGUCAAUUUUAAAUGAGCGGUGGCCAACACAGGCUUCAAGCAGAUGUAGAAAUGCAACUCACUACAGGUGUAUACAGUUAUGGCCAUCUCGUGGUAUGCUGCAAACACCUACAGUUUCAUUUUGAUAUGUGUCCUAAUACUGCUAUAGACAGAAUAUUUGCUCUGGAAAGUGAUUGGUAUAUGCAGAGGUUUUUUUUCUCCAGACAUUCAAAGCCUUUAGGUAACGCUUUUUAAGCAUGUAAGGCGUCAAUGGAAUACUGCAAUAGCUUAGAGAUUAACUGUUGCUUUAUUGUAAGCAGUUCAGUGUUGAAACAAUUAAGGAAAUAUUGUGUGCAUUUAGCAUUUUUGUACAAAUAACUAUUUUGUACCAGAGGGUUUUUCACUAUUUAAUAUGUAAAUUGUGAAUUUGAAAUGAAUUUAAAAUUUUAUGUAAAAAAAAAAUCUAAACUGCAAAAAAACCUCCCAAGUCAACUAUGUUUCCAGUUACCCUAUUUUGGCCUACAAUUUGCAAUGUACUUUGAAUUACCAGUAAUUCACACUUUUGUGUAUGUAUCCAUGUAAAUCCUUAGAAUGAACACUGGGUGGGAGCAGAGUACCAUAUCAAUUAAAUAAUUGUCAAAUCUGACAUCAGGUGAUUCUUUGCUAUGCUCGUUCAUUAAAGGGACUUUCCCGGCACCAUAACAAGUUGUUAAGGUGCAAUGAGGUCCUGGGUGCCGUCUUACCUGAAGGGUAGUGAUGUCCCGAACGGUUCACCGAACGGUUCGCCACGGACUCCAGUCAGCAGACACAUUCCAGCCAAUCAGCAGCAGUCCCUCCCUCCCAGACCCUCCCACCUCCUGGACAGCAUCCAUUUUGAAGCUGCAUUCUUAGUGAGCUGUCCAGGAGGUGGGAGGGUCUGGGAGGGAGGGUCUGCUGCUGAUUGGCUGGAAUGUGUCUGCUGACUGGAGUCCGCGGUGAACCGUUCGGGACAUCACUACUGAAGGGGUUAAACCUUUAAUGAUUGGUUCUGCCCUGAAUGUAUCUUUGGGGUUAAACUGUUCAUUAACUGUGUAACCCCCUUCUGGUAAAACGGCACCUGGGUAGUCCUUGCACCAGAACAACUUCAUUGUGAUGAAGUUGCUAUGGUGCCCAGAAUGAACCUUAACAAGUUUACUUGUGUUUUGUCUUUUGCAGGCCCCACAUCAAAAUCAAAGGUUCCCAGGAAAACAGAGAAAACAGCCAAUUCACAAAUGUCAGAAACUAUUUGUGAGUCCCUUGCAACCCCCAGAGCUUCCCCAUACAAUCAAAUUUGCUAAAAACAUCAGAAGACAUCCGUGCCAUCUAAUCACGUUUUUUCAGUGGUCAGAUUUUUGUGGAACAAUUGGAUAUCAAAAUAAUACUGGUCACCAGCAUUACACUGUCAAUUGGAUAUCAAAAUAAUACUGUUAAAAUACCAGCAUUACACUGUCAAUUGGUAUUAUGACAACGUUUUAAUGGCACUGCACUCAUUACCGCACCAUUUAUCAUCUGGAUAUGUGCUCACAUCACACUGAGCCAUACCAUUAUCCUGAAUAGAAUGCCUUCCUAUAUAAACUGAGCAGCUUGGGGAUAUAUCCAUUAGCAGGAAAAUAUUAUAAGUUGGAAAUGUGUUACCCAAAAUCUAUUAGCUUCUUAAAGGAGAACUGUCACUUCUCUGCAAUUUACACCAUUGGAUAAAAUAUUGAAACUACCUAUAACUUGAGUUAAACUUUUUCAUGAGAUGUUCUAUUUCCCUUUAAAUUUGUAUUAACAUUUUAGCAAAUGGCCUAACCCAGCUCAGACAAGGCAAAGUCAAGGAAAACUGCAAAUGAAGAAGAGCGAUAAAAACACUGUUUCAUGUUUCCUAUUUUCUUUAUUGUUUCACUAUGCGGACUGUAACAUGAAUGGAUAGAGCUGAACAAUGAGACAGGGAGGUAAGAUGGAGCCACCCAGUCGCAGGAGAAAGGUGUGGAUUUCUUCUUUUAAUGUUGUUUCUCACCUUGCAAAUGUCUGUUUGUUUAAAAUAUCGAUACUUAAAGGACCACUAUAGUGUCAGGAAAACAUACUCGAAAACAUAACCCCUUCCACCCUCAGGGCCCCCCUCCUCCCUCACGCCGGGCUCUAGGGAGUGGAAGGGGUUAAAUUUACCUCUUUCUCCAGCGCCGGGUGGGCAAUUCUCCUCCUCCAUAUCGCCGUCAUGAGCUGAAUGCGCAUGCGCAGCAAGAGCCGCGCGCAUUCAGCCAGUCCAUAGGAAAGCAUUCUCAAUGCUUUCCUAUGGACGCUGGCGUCUUCUCACUGUGAAAAUCACAGUGAGAAGCGCGGAAGCGCCUCAAGCGGCUGUCAAUGAGACAGCCACUAGAGGCUGGAUUAACCCUAACAUAAACAUAGCAGUUUCUCUGAAACUGCUAUGUUUAUAGAAGAAAGGGUUAAUCCUAGCUGGACCUGGCACCCAGACCACUUCAUUAAGCUGAAGUGGUCUGGGUGCCUAUAGUUGUCCUUUAAACAUAAUAUUAAGAAUCCUAGGAAGUGGCAGUUCCCCUUUAAUUCCCAAAUUGCCUUUAGUUAAUCAGCUAGGUGUCCCCUUCAAUUUUCCAUUUGCAAACCAGACUACCCCAUAAAACUUUUAUCUCAAUCACCAUCCCCUUGCAGUGGGAUCAGGACCUUCUCUGCUGUUUGUGGCCUAUUAUCCUUUUAUCACCUACCUUCUCAUUUCACAGUUUGAUAUUAAUGUAUCAUGUGCUCUGAGCUUCACAGUUUCACACAAAGCCCCAGCGACGGUAUGCAUGAGUCAUGUUGAGGGGAAGCCUCUGACCUUCACUAUCAGCAGGUCGAUGACCAACACCAUGGAAAACACAGGUAAAAAUGCAGGUGACUAUUGCUAGGGCAUCCAUAUUACCGGUUUAUACCUUUUCCUAGUAAAUAUGAGUUUUAAUAUUUUUAUGCUGUUAUAAAUUAAUAAAUAUAAAUUAAUAAAUAUAUGUGUGCACAUGCCUGCAUAGAUGUACCAAAUCAGUCUUGUUUUAACACCAAUAUCUCAAUGGGUUUGUUUGUGUAGGAUGUAUGGCGUUUGUGUGUGCCAAGUCACAUUAAAGUAGAUUUUGAAGCCUUGAUCAACAUAGACGUAUGCUGCAUAUUGCUUUAGAAUGUGUACCCAGAUUAAAUUACAAUGUAAACUUUUUUAAAUACACAUUUAUUCUGUAGUGAUAACUAGAGGUAUACAAAGAUAUUCAUGAUUUUAUCAAAUCGUACCAACUGACAAUUUUCUCCAUACAUUAAUGUGUACCUGGGCACACCCCUUGCACACACCUAUAUCAACCAAACUUCUAAUAUUAAAAACCCCGGUAUACAUCAUUGCCAUUUUCUGGAUGUGAUUAACCCCUUAAGGAUCAAAUUUCUGGAAUAAAAGAGAAUCAUGUCAUGUGUCCUUAAGGGGUUAAGAUUAAAAACUUCAGCUACAUACACACUGAACAUAAUGUCUUGUCAGUGAGUGAGUGUGUGUGUAAGUGCGUGUCGGUGAGUGUCUGUGUGUCUGUGUAAGUGCGUGUCGGUGAGUGUCUGUGUAAGUGUGUGUCGGUGAGUGUGUGUCUGUGUAAGUGCGUGUUGGUGAGUGUGCACCUGUGUAAGUGCGUUUUGGUGAGUGUAUGUGUGUAAGUGUGUGUCGGUAAGUGUGUGUCUGUGUAAGUGCGUGUGUAAGUGCAUGUUGGUGAGUGCGUGUCUGUGUAAGUGCAUGUUGAUGAGUGUAAGUGCGUGCAUCUUAUUCAACUCUCGUUCCUCAGAGAAGCAUGUGCAGAAAGAAGUAGAACCAGAUGUCUUAGAGAAGAACAAGAUGCAGCCUCUGAAGCUGACUAUACGACCAAAGUUGGCCUCUCAACAUGUGAGUGUAAACAUCUUUAACAUUCUCUCUCUCUCUGUGUCAGGGGUUUUCAAUCAGUGUGUACUGACACAUGGGCUGCCUCAAAUCCCCAUAAAAUUUACAAAAAACACUGAAUUUUUUUUUAAAAUAAGUGUCAGCAUCACAAAUUGGGAUUUCUAUCUGAAAAUUAAUGAAACUUUAAAUGUUAAUUUGUCUAAAAAUCUGUAUAAAUGUCUAGAAAGGCUUUGAAGAGUCAUUCUAAGCACCAUAAGCAUUACACACCCUCAAUCAGACAGCCUGAAACACAUGGAGGGUCAUUCACUAAAGAGAGAAUUGUUGGGAAUUCAAAGUGAAUACAAAUGUAAGGCCAAAGCAGCUAAUGUUAAAAUAUAACCUGACUUGGAGAAUUUUUACAGUUUGGCUACUUUGACCUUACAUUUGAAAUUCACUUCAAAUCCAGUUAGAAUUUCUGGUAAUUCUCACUUUAGUAAAUAACUCUGUUAGUUACGAAUUGCCUUUUAUCAGUUUGAUCUAGAGUGUGUGCAUGCCACAAAAAAUAGGAAAGGCUCAUUCUUCAAUAUAGAAAAUAUGUAUGAAUACAUAUAUGUGUGUGUAUAGUGCAUACACACAUAUAUACACACACACACACACACACACACACACACAAACACAAAGGGAAACUAAAAAGGAUAAAUAGAUAUAAUACAAUCUUGUGUGAAAAAUAUAUAUAAAUCUAGGAGAGAAAAAACCCACAAAUAUGGUGUAAUACAGUUAUAAACCAAUGUCAGGGAGGGGGGAGUUGGAGAACGCACAAGAUUGUAGUAAGUUAUAGGCACAUCACCCCAUAGGGGUAUAUGUCCAGCAAUAGUAUCUUGAUCCAAAGGGAAUCUUUACUAUGUUCUAUAGAUGUAAAGGAAAUGAAUAUAGUGUAGUACUGUGUGGUAUAAAACAAUUUCAUGGACAAAUCUACUUACAAACUAACAAGAUAAAACUGCAUAUCUCCACAGCAAGUGGAGUAGAUGUAGGGAGUAGAUGUAAAUUAUCUAGAGGCAGGAUAAUAGAAGCAAAAAACAAAGUAAAUCCACAAUACAAUAAAUUGAUAUAAAAAUAAAUAGUCCAACAAAAGCAGCAAAUCCAACGCAAAUGUCCCUCACCAGAGGACUUCCUCAGGGUUUUAUAUGGUUUUGGGUGUUAGUGAGACACUUUUGGGUUGUGGAUAGCAAAACACAGUCUAGUUCAUUAACAGGCUUUGCUGCUUCUCCUUUCUUCCCAUUCAGUGUGAUGAGUGGAAACACUCUUUGGGGAUAAACAACAUACCCAAAUCCCCCGCUGGACAUGGAAUAAUAGGAUAUGAUUUGUCCCUAUAGAGUGAGAUGCUCUGAUUGGAGUUUCCAAUCCUGUGUUCGUUCUUCAUUGACAGUUUUGUUAUAUAUUGUCAACAAGUUUAACUUGUCCGAGCCUGUCGUUUAUCCUAAUUUUACCUCAAGGACUAACAUAAUGUGACCUAUCUAUCAUUUCCUCAGAGCAACGAUGAUGAAUGCUCCGUGUGUCACGAUGGUGGAGAGUUGAUAUGUUGUGAUGGAUGUCCGCGUUCCUUCCACCUUUCUUGCUUAGUGCCCCCACUAACAGAAAUUCCAAGGUACACAAAUGGAACACGGUAAAAUUAUGCUUGUUGCAUUACUGUUUAAUUUCUGGCAUAGGGGUUAUUUUUUAUAUAAUGGCAUCUAUACAACAUUGCAAGACUCAAAAAAAAAAAAAAGAUUGAGCAUGUUGUUAAACCACUUUGCGCUUUCCAUGUUACACACUAUAGUAUGAAGAAGUAUACUCUGUGUAUUUAUCUUAUAUUUCCUACCGUUUUCCCUGUAUUUGAGAAAAAAACCUCUCCUUUGUUGCAAAAAACGUGGUUCUUAAUAUAAAUCAUUGUUUAAACUGUGCUUUACAUAAUUUACAUUUUCAACAAGAACCUGCCCUCAUUUAAGAUUCUGCUUGCACGUCACGUGAUGGUUUAUUUAAAUGGACACUCCAGACUCCUAAAGCACUUUAGCGUCCGUGUGAAGAAAGUGCUGAUUUCAGCAGAAUUUAACACUUUUAUAAAUUAACCUUGUCACACCCCCUUGGCUUUCAGACAAUCGGUUCUGUUACUUUCUGGUUUGGUUAGCUCAGUAUUGCUAAACUCAAGAGGCAGCAAUUGCUCAGAGCACCUGCCUUGCAAAGACUUCUCAUUGAACUGCAUUGUGAAGUCUGUGAUUGGACAGCCGCAAAAAGACUUGGCGAGGUUAGAACGGGAGGGCUUGGGAAGGCUGCAGACAAGAGAGCUACUGCUUUUGCAAGCUGGUUAAAGAUAUACCCCCAAUUUAAAAAGUGCAUAAUUAAAAGCACGUUUUCAUUUGGGGUAUAUCUACUAAAUAGCGGUUUUAUAUUUUUGCUGUUGGAUAGUGUAGUGUGCCUUUUAUUUUGAAUUCCUCCUUCAUGAAAUGUAUAAGAAGUCUAAAUUUGUCAGACACAGUUAAUUCCGAGUUUACGGUUUCAGACAGAAGGAAAAGGAUUUGUGUAAAAAGACAUACACCUCAUACAGUUAAAUAUCUAUUUCUCUCAUUGCAUCCCAGUGGUACAUGGAGAUGUGACACUUGCAACACAGAGGAACCAGCUGUUAUUGGACAAAAGAACAAUCCUGCAGAAGAUGAGGCAACAUUAUGUAUAAAAGUAAUGCCUUCUAAUAUUAUUAAACAAAAUUAUUGUCAUGCUGAUUCACAUACUGCACAUCUCAAGUUUUACAGAAUUGGCGUAAAAUGACACUGUCACCUGAAAUACCUUUCUGGAAAAUCAGUUUGAAACAGUACAAUAAAGUCAGUUUUAAUAAAUAUCUAGGAUAGAAGAAAAAAGGCAUGGAAAAUGAAAUAAGGGAAAAUAUAUUUCAAAAUAAAACUUAGCACAGUAUCACAGAACUAUUCCAGAAAUAUAAUGAACCUUAGAGAACUAUAGACUGGCAGUCCUAAAAUGGAUGUCCAUCUGGCAAUGGACAGGUAGUUUCAGAAAAAUGGAAUGAUGGUUAUUCCAUUUCUACUGGUGAUGCAAAUUAGGCAGGAAACACUCAGCAGAUAGUCCGAAGGCCUGCAAAAAAUAUAGGACCCUUGUCAGCAAGCAAAUAUUGAGGAUCUCGUUUAUUGGUGAUGUCGUGAUCUCAUGGUAGCUUGGUGAUGGAGCCAAAAGAUUGAUGCCACAACACGGUAUGUCAGAAUAAGUCCCUGUAAAAAGAAAGUUGUGAUCCUUCUCAUAAACUUUUGGACCACCAACAAUAGGGCCCUAUCCAAGUUCUUCUGAAAUCUUGAAAGAACUUCCCUUGGCCAGAUGAGAGUAGCCUGCCAGAGUAAGAUUGGAAGCGUAGAUAGAUACGUGUAGCUCUUUAAAAGAUACGUAGAGCAGUGUCCAUUGUCGAAUGUGCCAUGAAGGUAUUUCUUACAUCCUACUCCACUGCUGUGAUACAGCCUGUUAAUGUAGACAUCGCUUUCCACACCACUGCCAUGUCCGCUUAAAACAUCAGGCAGUUAUCAUGCAGGCUGGCUUUGAUAUCAGCUUUGGUAGAUGGUGCAGGUGCACUAUUCUCUCGGCAGGAAGUUUGUGCGGGUUUAGGAGUAAGCCACAGUGAGAGCCAUUUUAGGAGGAAAAUCUCAGGGGAGAUCAUGAUAACUGGGAACAGGGACAUGAAAGCAUUUGGAAUACAAGUUUGCAAUAACACUUUAGUGUUCUUUUAAUUUCUCCAUGUUUGACCUGACAAAUGCGGACCAUGUGACCACUCAAAUUUGUAUUUUGUAUUUUAAAACUGUUGAGCAUUACAUCAAGUACAAGAUGUAUAAAACCAGAUGUUUAAAGCACGCCAAGCAGUAGUUCAGGAGCUGAUUACAUUAUUUAUCAAAACAAAUCUUACUUAAUAGUACUUUGUAAACCUAAGUGUCAUUAUAAAGAAAGCAACCACACCUGCAUCAGCAAAAAAUAAAAUAAACUUUAGAAUAUUCACUCAUCGGUGAAUCAUAGAAAAACCAUAUGUGUUGUGUUAACUCUCUGAAGGACAAAUCUGUGGUUUUUAGGCUGUUUGUGCUAGUAUUAGCUAUAUCCUGUGUCUAGAGCUGGAGUGUUCAAUUACUCAUCAGAACAGCAGACAAAUCAUAUUUUAGCAUAACAAGCAAAGGCCCAGCAAUACACACAGUUGUUUUCUUUAUUACCAGUAAAAGUGGAUUCAGAUUACAGGAGAUGGAUUCGAGGGAAUUUUCCCUCUCCUGGACUUACUUCAAGCCUUAAGCCAUAUGUCAGGAAAUAUAUGAUGAUGUGGUCAUAAUAGUGGACAAGAUGCAAAGUCAAGGUCACAAUGUGUUAAUGAAAAUUAUGUCCAGAGUGUAACAUAUCAGGAAAUGAAGGGCUACCUGCCCUGUAAAUAUGAGGGUAAUGCAUAGAGCACAAUACAUACAAAUCAACCACACACCUGAUAUCAAAUAUAAAAAUAACAAUCUUCAUUUAAUGAUACAAAUGAUAAAAAAAAAAAAAACUAAUUAUAUAUACACAGCUAUGUACAAAUCACAGUAAGGAAUGCAAGAUAUUUAAUCUAUUUACACAAUAAUAAAUUAAACUUAGUAGACAUCAUACAUCGAUUGUAUAUUAAUGCAAAAUUGAAAAAAAAUGAAAUUAAAUGAACAAAAUGAAGACUUCUGUAUAAAGCAAAGCUUUUUAGUGUCACAGAAACGUAGCAUUAACAAGAUCAAGACCAAACAGGGCAGAAUCAGGACUUCAAUCUAGAUGUGCUCUGGAAAAGACUAGAUCAGGACACACCACCAGGAACAUGACCAGGGUACAGCCCAUAUGCUACGGCUCAGCCUAUCAUUAGCUGUCUAAUGUUUGGAAGAAAUCAUAAACCAAAUGUGCUGGGCUUACCCAGCAUCUAGAGCAGGCUUCCCCAAACUCCAGUAACUACAACUCCCAUGAUUCUAUGGAUGAAACAGAAUGAGAAUCAUGGGAGUUGUGGUUCCGCAACAUCUGGAGGGCUGGAGUUUGGGGAAGCCUGUUCUAGAACUUUCAAGCCAUUCCAUUGUCUUUCAAUCAUUUUAUUGAUUUUCAAGUGAUACAAGUACUGAAGUAAAUGGCUAAAAGAGAAAAUACCAGUUAAUUUUAAAAUAUUUAAAUCAGUUAUAUAACAAUGUAAGUUCAUAGAUAGUGUGCAAUAUUUAGGCAAUUCCAACAUGUUGAGUUAAGUUACUACUAUUUCUGUUAUUAAUGUAUUUAUAGAAAUAUUAGACAAUAAAAGGCUAAUCAGAUUGAAAUAGAAACCAAGCAAAUUAUUUAUGCUUUUUGAUGCCUACUGAACUGUGAUUCUCUAAUAUAUCCUCCACUUGCAGGGGCUGGCAGAAGACAGAGCUCCAAAAGGAAGUGAAAGCAGCAGUAUUCUUUCAGAUAAUUCUGGAUCUCACAGGUAAGAGCCUCACCUGUGCUCCUUGCAUACUCCUAUACCUACAAUGGAAACAUUGACUUUGCAGACAUUUGUGGACUACACUGACCAUAGUCAUAGCCAGCUGGAAUCGGUAAAUACCUGCAGUAUCAUAGUUAACCAUAACUUAUUUAUGUGACAGAUCGCUAUGAAACAAGACAAAAUCUUUGUCAUAGGGCAGUAAUAGGAAACAUUGUCAUUUUUUUUUUUUCUUUGUAGCCAUUGUUUUUUUUAUUUACCAAAGUAAACUAUAUUGGAAUGCUUGCUGGGGUAAAUUAUGCAACUCAUGUAGCUCAAACUAACCUCUACCAGAUAUUGGUUGGAGGCUACACACCUUGAGUGAUCUUGCUUCCAUAACUAUCUGUAUGGUGAACAUGCACAGGAGAGGACUAAUUUGUUGGAGUUUCUUUAAUCGAUGCCUUUCUGUGCUUCUGCAGGAGACAUUUAGUUGACGUGUCCAGUUUAUGGUUUCUUUUUAUAUACUAUAAUUAACUUGCAGCAUACAGCAAUGAUAUAUUGCAUAGUAGUAUCUUUUAGAUAUGGUUAAUCAUUUAAUAAUAAAACGUUAAUCAUUUAAUAAUAAAACGUUAAUCAUUAACAGAGUGUUAAUUUUAGACAGGAAUUAAAAUGUGAACUCUAAAUUAUGAAACUAUACUGAGUGAAGAAACAGAUUUAUAUAAUGAUUUGAAUUGCAAAAUGUAGGUUAAAAUAGUCAUGCAGUCACUUAGAACAGGAGAGUAACAGGUAACUGUAGAGACCUGUAGAACACUGAAAUAAGCUGUAUAUUCCAUUCAAGUAUAUCAAUCCAUUUCACAACAGUUCUAACUAGUGUUGGAGUUGAUCAAAUCUGAUGGUUGCUCUCCAAUAUAAUUUCUAAACAUAAUUUUCAUCUUUACGUAAUACAUUGCCUUUUGGUUUUUUUUUGUAUUUUUUGAAAUUCUUUAUUUUUGUAGUGCUGUGAGUUAUAAACAGGCUUGGGUUGCCACAAUAGCAAGUACAAGCUAGUAAAACAAUACAUAUUAAGCAUUUGCAUGGCAAUAGAUAACAGCACAAUUUUUUAGUAGAGUCAGAGUAGGUUCAAAAUAGUGAAACAAGCGUUAUAGGGGUGUCAGAAGCGUGAAAUCAGAAGUAUUUUCAAAACAUUUUACAUGGACUGACUGUAUGAGUGGUCUGGAUAAGAGAGGGUAGCAUAUUUAUAAUAUGAGUACAAUAGGGAACAUGUCAAUGGGGAGUUAAGGGAAAACAGGGAGUAUAUCUCGCUAUAAAAAGUGACAGUUCUAUUAAUAAUAUUACCACUGGUAACCUGGUGACUGGGUGAAGCCCUCUGGAGCUAAGUUUAACCCAAGACAGAUGAGGUAGUUCAGGAGACAGUGGGCAUGCUAGGGGAGGUGCAACUUUGUUCAGUAUAAAGAAAGUAAACAUUUUAAGUAUGGCCAGUUGUUAGUAAACUCAGAGGGAACGCAGAACGAAUGCAUGCACGCAGUACAAAAUACCCGCUCAGCCUACUCCGGUGAUCGGCAAGCUUACUAUGCACACGAUAGUUCAUUGUCCCGUUCACUACUUCGUGCUGCAUGGAGUGUAGAGCCAUCAUGCGUCAAGAGAGACUCGGCACAAGGCAGCAAUUCCAUGCUUGGGUAUGGUUCCCUUCUGGCCCCCGGCCCGUGAGAGAGCUUGCGCUGGUCAAGGAGUUGAGCCCUGCAAGCGGGGUCGACCCUGGUCGGGUUGAGGCUUGGGUAAGUUGCUGAUGCCAGCAGCACUGAGCCUCCAUGACUGAGGUGCUCGUCGCUUCUUCUUCCUCCUCCUCCUUGCUUUCAGAGCAAUGUCGCGGCCACGUGAAGCAGGCUGUGGGUUGAGGACUCUUCUAGGGUUUUUAGUGCGGAGCUUGCCACAACCUCCCUCUCUGCUCUUUGGCCCACUGUAGCCCAGAAUUGAGACCAAAAGCGCUCGAAGGCCUGUUCUAUCCACGCCUCGUGGAAGGCCCACGUUGUUGUGGCAGCCAUCUUGCAAAGUUGAUCACAGUUGUUAGGUCACACAGGUUAUGCCGCUUUUUGCUCUCAAGGGCUGUGUUCCACUGCCGCAGGUCAAUCCACUAGUGGGGACCGGGAUAUCCCCCACCGGUCCGGGGGGAGGUUGGGGGGACAGGACACAGAGACAAGCAGGAGCUGUGUGAGGUGGAGGAGCGGACGUACCCACCACCCCAAUGCAGUAGGCUUCGGACACUGUAGCCUGUUUGCUUACACGCGUUCACCCUGCUAACCCCGCGUACGUAAGUAGCUAGGGCAGGAUUGCUGUUGGAGAUUGGGUUCAAUACCCCUGAUUUAUGGUCAGAAUUAAGCUUUUUGUCGAGGAGCUCUGGCUUCGCACAUCUGCCUCAGUCGGCUUUCAGGCCCCACCCCAUUACCUUUUGUUUAAUUGCCAAAUGUAUUCAGUUUUAAAAGUUCCUAUUCUAACAGCUUAAUAUCCUGUGGUAGAUCUGUAAGCCUCCAAGUCCAGGUCUUCUAACUUUCCGAAUUUAGGUAGGUCAGUUCCCAUUUUAGCACCCUGUACUCCAUCCUGAUUUAGUUCCUUAGUGUCCCACAUCCCGGGACACCAGUGAUCUGUCCCCAGGUAACACAGCGUGAACACAUCAUCACUAGGACCAAGCAGAAACCUCUUCAGCAUCACUCUCUGCUUGAUCUCUUGCAUGAGGGGCUGGCCUGGUGGAGAUCUGUCAGUCUGGCAUGCUUGAUGUCAGACCGGUGCACCUCUUCAUCGGAUCCCAUUUCUGGGUAUGAACACUGCAAGACCAUUGUGGGCAUCACUGGCAACGUCAGGAGUGCCUGACCUGCUGCAGAUGUUGGAAGGUAUACAAGUCUCAGUUUCAGUUUAGCUGCUGCAUAUUCCCUAUUUUGUAUUAUAGUAAUGUACUCGGCUGACAAAACUUUACAGAAGUCAGAACUUUCGUUUUCAAGUUACACGUCAUGAGAAGUUUUAUGGAGGAUCUCACACUCACAGUUCAUUUUGUUUUGUAUCCUCAUGGGCUUUGAGAAUGGUCUCUGUUCUCUCCUUCACUACCUCUUUUUCCUGUAAGUCAAACUUCUCAGUUGAAUUUUUUUUAAUUAAAAUGUUAUUGUUGUGCAGAGAAAAAGUACUGACAGAAUUGCGAUGCCACAACAGCUAUAGCAAGUGCGAUAAAACACAUAAGUAAACAGAAAUAUGGCACAUGAAACUUAUGCACAAUUUUGUGUUAUUACUUAAACAUGUUGGUCAUACUAAUCUAGAAUCAUGUCAAAUGCUAAUUAACAUAUAUGAGUAGACAUAGUAGAAAUCAGGGGCGGGCUGGGCCGGGGGGGCAGGGAGGCAAUUGCCCCCCAGGCCACCCUAAAUUCUGUCAGGGCCGGCCCUUUAAAUGCUGCAGCUGCCUGAAAGCUCUGUUAAGAGCCUCAGACGGCUGCAGCUGCUCCUCUCCCCCCCUCCCCUGUAGUGUGGCCGAGCUGCUCGCUGGUCCGCGGUGCCCGGCCGGACUGAUAGGAAGGCGCACGCUGAGUGUGCACUUCCUGUCAGUCCGGCCGGUUACAGGAAGUAGAAACUCCGCGUGGAACAGGAGUUUCUGUUUCCUGUAACCAGCCAGACUGACAGGAAGUGCACACUCCUUCCUAUCAGUCCGGCCGGCACCAUGGACAGCCGAGCAGCUCGGCCACGCUACAGGAGAGGGCAGGGGAGAGGUGAUGGGGAGGUUAGGGGAGGGGGGGGGUGAGUAAGUGAAGGGGAGGAGCACGCAAGAAGGGGAGGAGGCACGCGGAGGGGGGGAGGAGAAGGAAGGGGGAGGAGUAAGGAAGGGGAGGAGUAAGUGAAGGAGGGGAGGAGUAUGAAGGAGGGGGGAGGGUAAGUGAAGGAGGGGCAAGGGAAGGGGAGGGGUAAGUGAAGGGAGGAAGUGCAUGAAGGGGGGAAGCAAGCAGCAGGGGGAGAGGAUGUAGCUGAGGGGGGAGUAAGUGAAGGAGGAGAAGGCAAGGGAAGGGGGAAGUAAGAAAGCAGGGGCCAAGCAGCCAGGGGAGAGACAGAGGGGGGAGAAGUGAGGAGGGGCAAGUGGGGGAGUAAGGAAGAUGGAGGGCAAGAAUGAAGGAGGGGUGCAGCCAGCAUGGGGUGUAAAUGAAGGAGGGGGAGUAAAUGAAGGAUAGGGGUGUAAAUGAAGGAUGGGCUGAGUAAGGAAGAUGGGCUGAGGCGAAGAUGGGGGGGAGUAAGUGAAGAUGGGGUAAGAAUGAAGGAGGGGGUGUAAAUGAAGGAUGGGGUGUAAGGAAGAUGGGGGGGAGUAAGUGGAAGAUGGGGGUGUAAAAUGAGGAGGGGGAGUAAGCAAGAUGGGGUGUAAGAAGAUGGGGGUGUAAAUGAAGGAGGGGGAGUAAGUGAAGAUGGGGGAGUAAGAAGAUGGGGAGUAAGGAAGGAGGGGGGGGAGUGGCGAAGGAGGGGGGAGGCGAAGAGGGGGGAUAGUAAGGAAGAUGCAUGAGCAGUGAAGAUGGGGGGUGUUAAAUGAAGGAGGGGGGUGUAAAGGAAGAUGGGGAGUAAGUGAAGGUAAAGCAGGUGAACUGGGGAGUAAGUGAAGGAGGGGGGAGUAAUAGAAGGAGGAGGAGGGGGAGUAAGAAGAACAAGGGGGGGUAAGAAGAACACAAGGAGGAGGGGGGAGAGUAAGAGUGAGGAGAAGGGGGGACUGAGAAGAACACAGGGAGGGUGGGUGGUGAGGAGAACACAGGGAGGAGCGGACACUACGCGCACACACACACAAUGCAUCCCUAUACAUACACAGAAACACACAAUGCAUCCCUACACACACAGAAACACAACAUGCUUCCCUUACACACAGAGAACACACAAUGCAUCCAUUACACACACACAAUGCAACCCUUACACACAAAGACAAUGCAUCCUUUGCACACAUACACAGAAACACAUAAUGCAAACCCUUACACACACACUGCUUUUCUUACAUACACACAGAAACACAAUGCAUCACUAACACACACUCAGACACACACCUUGCAUCCCUUAUGCAUACAAACACAGAUUCACACAAUGCAUCCCUUACACACAACCAGAAACACACAAUACAUCCCUUAUACACAAAUACACACCGCUUCCACUACACACAAACACACUGCAUCACCUGCACAAACUGGUAUCCCUAUACACUACAUACCAUAAGCACACAUAUUAGAUCCUCUGCAAUAACACAUAACACAUCCCCUACACACUCCACUCCCUGUGAGCGAACUCAUGGGUGGGUGGAACAUAUAAGUGGACUUAUGAGUGGGCCUUGUGCGCAUACUCACCGUCAGGCCCUGGGGCCCAGACCUUGAGCUGUGUAAGGGGCCCCAAAAAAAUUGAGCUGCUUCCAAUUCUCCCAGAACAUUGAAUUUUGUGACCAUAGUUGCAAACAGCCUCCAGAGAUCCUGUUCUACACCAGACCAGUGGAGCCAAACUGCAGCCCAUCAUCAUCCUCAUUUGGUUGUAAGUAGGCAAUCUAGUAUAUUAUUAGUGACACUAAUCUAUAAUUUACAUUACAUUAAAGGGACACUAUAGUCCCCAGAACGACUGCAGCUUAAUGAAGUGGUUCUGGUGUCUAUAGCCGGUCCCUGCAGGCUUUUUAAUGUAAACACACACUGUGGGCAGCACUGGCAUUAGUUCGUAUGGCAGCUCAUAUAGGUGGGGUAUUGUGAUGUCACAUGGGGGGCAGCAAAUACAGCUGUUCCCCAUGCAGCCACAGGUGCCACUGUGCUGCGAGAUUGUGAUUACUCUUCACUUCCUCCCAGCCUACAGAGCAGCGCAUGGGAGAGAGAGAGGAGGAGACAUGAUUUAAUCUUACAACAAAUCCAGUAAGCAAAUCUUUAUAAAUCUGGGUGGGAUCAGCUCUGUUUACACAGUUUAUUGGUGUUUACUCUGAUGUCUGUAUUAAUAUUGAAGGAUUUCUAAGUAGUAACAUCAGUGUGUGUCAGCAGGGCCAGCCGUUGGGGUGUGCACGCUGUGCGGUUAUGCAGGGUGCCAUCACAACAGAGGUGCCCGGCGGACAACACAGCUCACAAGUUGUGGACACCAGGCUAUUCAAUUUAAAUAAAAAAGAGGAGUGAGAUAGCGCUAAGUAACUAUAGGCAGAAACCUUAAAAGGGAAUCCCUCAAACCCUUUAAAACAAGAUACAAUAAAAACAAUAAAAGGCUGCGCACAAAAAAUAAAUAAAGUCCAAUUAGAAUAAAAUAAAGAAAGUCCAAUUGGUUUGUUCUUACUGGUGUCCUUGAUUGGUGAGGUCUUCUAUUUAUUGUGGUGGUUUCACUUAAUAAAAGAUAAAAAGAGAAAAAAAGGGACAACCAAUGGUGUAGUAUGUAAAAUUCGAGUCUAGAGGUAAAAAUAAUGGUAUAAAACUCACAUUUACCAGAGCUAAUGUCCAGCUCUGGAGUGAAGCGCGUACAGCGGUUUAAUCCCCGCUUGUGGGAUAUAGGGCAGGUUCCUCUCCGUGAAUGGUAUCCAAUUCUCGAGAUAAAACAAACAGCCAAUAGUGCUCACUGUAUGGCAGAUAAUGAUAAAAUAAUAAAAGAAAUGUACUUACAAAGUGAGAGCAGACGCACUGCUCUUUGAUGAUAGCUUGGGUGGAUUGAUCCCCACCUACGGAUUUCUUUGGGUACAGGAAACUUCCAGGAAUUUUUAAGGUUUUUUAAAAACCAGUUAAAAAAAAAUGAUUAAAAUAACAAUAAAAGGGCCAGGGUAAAUACCCUGGCCCUUUUAUUGUUAUUUUAAUCAUUUUUUUCUCAGGUUUUUUUAGAUGUAAACAAUGCAUUGUAUGUAAAACUGUGGAUCAUGUCACUUUACCAAAAAUUACAAAAUUUAUGUCAAAUCAAACCAAAAAAGUGUAUGAUAUUUAUGACUUUAUAAGCUGCCAUACGAAAAAUGUUAUUUAUCUGCUCGAAUGCCCAUGUGGCCUCCAAUACGUGGGGAUGACCACAAGGUGCUUAAAGAUAAGACUGAGCGAACAUUGCAGAAAUAUUAGAAAUGGAUACCUAAAUCACACAGUAUCCAAACAUUUUAUUAUGCACAACAAAGAUCCCCGUCUAUUAAAAUGUAUCGGUAUAAAAAAAUGUUCUACCUCCUGGCGAGGAGGUGAUAUAAAAAAACUACUUGGAAAAACAGAGAUGGAAUGGGUGUAUAAACUUCAGACUCUUAUACCCCAUGGCCUCAACGCAGAUUUUGACUUAUAUAACUUCUUAUGAAUUUUAGGUUAUCUGAUGCCUGUACCUUUAAACUAUGGUUUUAUUAUUAUUCUUUUUUACAAGUUUUAUUUUUACUUUUUUAAUUAUUAUAUUUUAUUUAAUCUGUCCCUUUAAUUUGCAUUUUAAUAUAAGAUAGAUUUUAACUUUUAUUAUUACCUAGCUCCUUUUAUAUCUUGUGUAUUUACCAUGUUUUCUUUUUUAUUAUUUUCUUUUACUUUACCAAUAUCCUUUAAGAGUGUUUUAUUCUAUCAUCUACUUAAAUGUUAUUUCCCUAACUACAUUUCCCAAUAAACAUUUCGGCUAUGUUAGCCGAAUACCAUGUGACCAUCCUUUUUAUAUUUAAAUUAGAUAGUUAGCCCUCUCGUUUUGAAUAAAAAAAACCCUACAUUGGCAAUGGGCUACAAUAGGGUGGCCACAUAGGUAAGAAAAAACAAGUUUUGAUCGGCCGUCAUUCGCGGCACAUACACAAACUACAUUUCCCAUAGAUCAUUGCGGCGGCACUUCCGAAAUGCGGAAGUGCCGCCGGUCAUGUGACCUUUUCAAACCCUCUAAAACUAUACUUUCCCACCCUCGUUUUUGAUUUUAAUAUAUCACAAUCAAGCUGUAUUAUUAUAAAGUUUAUGCUUAUUAUGUUAUUUUCGAAAUUUAAAGCUGUAUACAUGUUUUUAAUUUUGAUUGGCUGAACCAAGUUUUGGCGCCAAAAUUCAACUAAUUAUGUUCCUAUAUAACAUCUAUGUGCCAGGUAAACUAUGUUAUUCCAUUUGAAAAAGUCCUUUUUGUGACGAAACGCGUUAUGGAUAUUUGAAUAUUGUGUUUUUUAUAUAUAUUAAAGUAUUAUUGGUCAUUUGUUUGUGCCAAUUAUCUUUUUUAUAGACACAUACUUUUCUCAUUUACCCUGGCCCUUUUAUUGUUAUUUUAAUCAUUUUUUUUUAACUGGUUUUAAAAAAAAACUUACAAAUUCCUGGAAGUUUCCUGUACCCAAAGAAAUCCGUAGGUGGGGAUCAAUCCACCCAAGCUAUCAUCAAAGAGCAGUGCGUCUGCUCUCACUUUGUAAGUACAUUUCUUUUAUUAUUUUAUCAUUAUCUGCCAUACAGUGAGCACUAUUGGCUGUUUGUUUUAUCUCGAGAAUUGGAUACCAUUCACGGAGAGGAACCUGCCCUAUAUCCCACAAGCGGGGAUUAAACCGCUGUACGCGCUUCACUCCAGAGCUGGACAUUAGCUCUGGUAAAUGUGAGUUUUAUACCAUUAUUUUUACCUCUAGACUCGAAUUUUACAUACUACACCAUUGGUUGUCCCUUUUUUUCUCUUUUUAUCUUUUAUUAAGUGAAACCACCACAAUAAAUAGAAGACCUCACCAAUCAAGGACACCAGUAAGAACAAACCAAUUGGACUUUCUUUAUUUUAUUCUAAUUGGACUUUAUUUAUUUUUUGUGCGCAGCCUUUUAUUGUUUUUAUUGUAUUCAAUUUAAACGAUUUACUGGUGGUCCACUGGUGCGCACCAGCAGUAGGUGCAGUCAGAUUAUAGCCUCUCCCUCGUGGUUCCGGCGCUUAGUUAGUGAGUCAGAGCACACGCUCAGAGAUUCUCAGCCUGCGCUCUGGCAACAUUGAAAGUCAGAGCCGUGAAGGAGCGGGUAUGGCAAAGAGCUACUGAUUAGCAUAACAUCAAUAUCCGUAUAAAACCAGGAAAAGGUGGGCACCAUUGCACUGAUUUGGUGGUGCAAUGGGCCACUUGACUGGUUUUGCCCUCCAGGCCUAAGCCUGCCAGCCCUCCCCUGGUAGAAAUAGAAAACAGAGUGUACCACACUAAACAGAACUAUAGCCAUAUGAAGAACGUCCUAUGGAGUUGGUAGCAAAUAGUAAUGCAUGGUCUGGACCUAGCUGACGUGGAGUGUUUAAAAUAAUUAUUCAAGCAGGAAAAGAUAAAAAGCAAAUUACAAGAAAACUCAGCAAACUGGUCACCUCAGGCGUGUUGGGCCCCUGAUCGAAGCUGCUGGAGAACCUAGAUUGUGUUGGGCUGGUCCGGAAGGAGCUGCCACAAGUUCAGGGACAGAUGAAGUCUGCUUACAUCUCAGCCUUCGCCAGAAUGCGGCAAAUAUUGCUUCUAAGCGAUGAAGAGUGGUGGACUCCUCUCCUCUGAGAUGUGGGGUAUCUGUGGCGUUGUCAUUGCUGGUUUUUGCAGCAUCGCCACAGAUCCCUGAUAAGGCUUGAGAUCUGAUGAUUUCGGUCCAAAGGGGAGUACAGCGGGGUGCAAAAACAAUAGUUAGAGUCCUGCCUUCAACGGACUGGGAGAUCGGCUGCCUUUCCCCUCCUGAGCGCCUGCUAGGCUUCACUGGUAAUUGCCGUCUGGAUGGGCUCUGAAAACCCCGGGACACGUUCCCCAGUCGGACUGUAGAUACAUGUAACGGAGAGUAUGUGCACGUGUUAAAAUUGGUUCCCCUCAGUUCUCAGUUGAACUUAUUUGUAUGUCUUGUGAAACUAUUGUACAGCGCUGUGGAAGAAGUUAGUGCUUUACAAAUAAUAAUAAUAAUAAUAAUAGCAAUUAAAUUGUCUUUGGCAUAUUCUAGUGUAAUUUAUCAUGGAGGUUUAGGUUGUACUGACAUUAUAAGAUUCAGGGAGUUACUCUGGAUGACUGCAUUGCUAAAUUGCAACUACCGGUAUAUGAUUGCACUCUGUAUCUACACCAAUUGCUAGAAGCUUUCCACAUUUUCCAGUAUAAUGCUAACAUGUUCUUGUAUUUUCCCAGCCUUAUUUAAUAUAAUUUUCUUUUUAAAUGCUACUUACUGUUUAAAGUUGACUGCUCAUAUGUGUUUUGGUGUGUACAGUUCUGGUUUGAAUCUGGUGACAAUAUUUUACUAAUAUACUUAAAUAUAUACUAAUAUAAUUGUUUUUGCUUGUAUGAUCUCUAUCUCCCAUUCUCCCAGGUUGUCGACAGGUCAUGUAGCUUGUGUAACACAUCCCACAAAUUGGCUUUGAAAAACAGAAUUUCUACCUCCAAUUCCCACAGUUGAUAAUUUCCAUUAUUUAAAUUUGUCACUGCAGAUGUGUCCAGCUUUCUAUAUUCUUCCAGCAGUCAUGAUACACUUCAAAACAAUAUCUCCUUAAUUCUUCCAGUAAAAAAUGUGAGCUCAAGGGAAUUUAACUUUACUAUAUUUUAGUCAGUCUAUUCAAAAAAAUUAUUCAACUCAACUAUUUUAAACUCAUAUUUGCUUUUGCAAUCUUCUUGUCAGUUUAUUGCAAAUAACUGUUUCCUGAAUUAACAUUUACAUUUAAAUGGUUACUCCAAGCACAGUGACAUCUUCAGUGAUUUCAAGUGUUUAUGGUGAUAUGGGUCUAUAUGUGCAACAUUUUAGUAAGAAAUGGUGUACAUAUAGAGAUAAUUAACUUUGCUGACAGAGGUGUAAGUCCACCUACGGCUGUGUGAUUAGCAGCCAAGAACUCACAUUCUGUCAGGAUUCCUCCCUAUUCUCUCAGAAUUCCUCCUUGUUUGAUUUUAGCCAGAUCGACACUACCCGUAUGACUUCUAGAUUUCGCCGAUAUCUCUCUGCCCAUGCGUCUGACGUCACACGCUUCCCUUCAAAAGGAAGCCGCGACCGCAUCCAAAUGGCUCAAUCAAUGUUUUCCUGUGUUUGCAUACUUGCUACCUUGUUUCCUAUUUACCGACAGAGCUUCUAAAUAAUUUCCUGUGUACCGAAUCUCUUGGCUUGAUCCUGACUACGCUCUACUCUCUACUCCCUGACUUCGCUCUACUCUCUACUCCCUGACUUGGAACAAGACUUCACUUCUGAUUCCUGCCUUUCUCCACAUACCUCAAGGAACCAUAAUCCACUCUAUCCUGGAAGAACUUGCAUGCUCAUCACUCAAUGCAAAAUAAAUUCUCCUCUUAUUGGGAUUAACAAUAGGUUUUUUACUGAAGUUAUUUGUGAAGGAUAAGGAAUAACCAAAUCUGCUUCUAGGAACCAUUUGCAUAUUCUAAUUGCAUGUCUCAUAAACCAAUUACUCAUUCUUUAAAUGUCUAAUUCAUUGUUAUUUGAAGUCUAAAGUACUAUAACCACUGUGCAACCAGGAUCUACCUAAUUAUCAUAUUUUGUUGUCUAUUUUCAAAAGGACUGUAUUAUUUCAUACAACAGGAAUCAACUCACCUGCUCUGUCAAACGUUAUAUUUAAGUCUAUGGACUGUAUUGCUAUUUAAGCAUUUUUUUAUAUACUAUAAUUCUUGUGAUGCAAUUUUGAAACAAGAUUACAAACAUUCAUGCAUUAUUAUUUGAAAACCUUAUUGCUGCAGAAGUCUGCCAAAGUUAAAUUUCUUUAUUUAAUUGAAUUAUAUUUUCUUAAAGUGACAGCUUGAAAUGUGUUUGUUCACCUGCAGUUGAGUUCCAAAUAAAUCUCUCCCAAGUAGUAUUACACAUACUGAGAUAUUUAGGCUAGCUGCCAAAGGUUGUAACUCCACAUUCGGCUAAUGUCAAUUAUGUCCAUAUUCCUUGCACCAUUACCAGUGAAUAGCGUCAGCUUACUUUUAAUAUCAUAAGAACUACAGUUGGCUGUAGUAGUUAUGAUGCUCAGGAUAACCCUUUAAGAAUCAAACAGGAAAUGUGUAGUGUUUUCUACACUCAGAUGAUCACAGCUUGUUAUUUUAUUCUAAAUAAACAACUAAAAACCUGUUUUAGAUUAACAGAAGAGUAAGGACUGGUUUAAUAUUAAUUUUCUACAUGGAGACAUUUGACAUUAGGCCAACUUGUAUCUUAAACCCACCCCCCUCUAUCACCCUCAUAUCUACAAUUCACAAAAUACUAGAACACUUAGAGUUUUGUUCACUAAACAGAAAGUUGUUUUGAUGCUUGUUUUGGUUUUUGUUGUGAUCUGUUAUCAAUUUUUCUUGUUUCAGUGCAAUUCCAAAUACAAAGACCUCCUCGGAUCAGUCUCCCAUAUGCCCUGAAUUUCCAUCUCAGCCUGAGCUCUGUGUUGCUCCUGUGUCUUUGGCUGAAAAUUGUCCACAACAAAAUUCCCAGGCCGCCUAUCAGCUUCCACCCAUCCCACCUAAACUGUCUCAGUACUGUCCUCAGUCCCUGUUACGUAUGUAUGGUACUCAAGCUCCCACACAGCAGAGUUGCCCUCAGAUCCCAUCUAAGUCUCAUGUAAAAACCACACACAAUAUUCAGCCAAGUUCUCAAUACACACACCAUCUUCACCGGUGUUCCACUCCUGUACCCCAUAUGUCUCUUCCACCUACCCAGCCUCAAAAUUGCCCACCACCUGGGCAUCAUACACGUAUUUGCACCAUACCGUUUGCCCAGACACUCAAUAGCACAGAAUCUGCAUUUCAGCAGGAGACAUGUCCUUUGACUCAGGUUGAACCUAGUCUCCCUCGUCCCAGCCCUAAUGAACCCCCUUAUGGAGUCAAACCUGUUUCUCUGUCUCAAUGUGACCUUCGCUCUCAAUCAGUAUCAAGGACGGAUCUUGGACCUGCUGCUUCUUUAGGUGAAGCAGAUAUCAGACCUCCUAUCGUAGCAUUGCAUACAGAUGGAGGAGAAACUAAGGUGAGUAAUAUUUUGGCAAAGCAACUCAUACCCAAACUAUUAAGACAAGAAAAAAGCUUUUAUUAUUCAACUGUUGAAGAUGAGUUGCCAGAGUCAUUACCACGUCUUUUAAUUGCAGGGGUCUUAAGGGAAUAAAGCCAUAAUAAUUAAGUAAAAUAUAUAUUAUUUUAAAAUAAAUGUUAGUUUGCGAUGCUACCCAAGUCUUCAUAUAGUUCAUCGCAGUGGUAAUUUUACAUGUACCUCUCUUUUUUUUUUUUUAGAUGUAUAUAUUCCAGGAUUGUUGCAGUUAUACUAGAUAGUUUUAUAUUGUUUUCAUUUUUAUUGUUGCGUUUUAUAGAACUAAAAGUAGGCGUUGGGACAAAAGAAUUCUCUUAUAGGACAUCAAAGGUUUGCCUGAGACAGCACUCAUAAACCAGCUUGUACCUCGCAAAUUGAAGUAGGACAGCACCAAAGCAUAUAAUGUAGAGAACAACAUGCUGGGAGAUCAAUGCAUGCCACACAGGAAAUGUACUAAUAAAGGGCAGUUUGAGUUGAGAAAACCAAAUAUGAGAUCAUACAUAUAAACAAAAACAAAUCUGUGCAUAUUAAUUAGAAACAUAUUUACCAUAACUCUAAAUAUAAUGCUUUCUGUACAAUCAUGAUCUCAGCAGUACUCAUGCAUCGUGAUCGUAGCAUGUUUUUAAUUAACUACUGUAUUUCUAUUUAAUUUUUUUAUGAUUUUUAUUUUGAUAUUUUAAUAGUUUGAAAAAAUAUUUUUAAAAGUUUAUCCAACAAUCUGAAAUCAAGGCUAUAGUCCUAUAAUGUUUUACACACACUUAAUGCUUUUUAAUUACAUUCACAAACAUAACUAACAUUUUAAAAAUGGCAAACAAUUCUCACUAUGUAGCUUUUUAUCCUGCACCAUCUUCAGUCAGAAUGUGGACUUGACAUGUCAGCCUUCUGCUGGUCACAUUUUUUCCUGAGAUGUCAGGUAGGCACCGGGAGGUGUAAAGGUAGAAAAUGAACAUAUUCUUCACCUACUUUUGCAAAUAUACUCUCAUGGCAAUCCAUUUUGGAGUCUGCCUAAUGCUAGUAAGAAACAUGGCUGUAGUGUCUAUUAAAGAAAGAUAAAUAAGUGAUUUUGUCCUAUACACUAGUGGAAUUAUUCAUUUAACAGUGCGAUGUAAUGAGUUAAUUACUGACUUUCAAUAUGCAGGUUAAAACAAAAGAAUAUUUGUUCUUGUCUACAUAUUGCAAGUCUGUUAUCAACUUUGCACGUCUCAAUGUUUAAUAAAUGAACCCCUGUAUGUUUCAGUGUGUCAUUGUCCCCAGGUUUCGACUGAAGCUGCAGGACACAACCUGA